GUUCAUGAACCAUCCAGCUCCAGCAAACAGCCGCUACAAACCCACUUGCUAUGAACAUGCUGCUAACUGUUACACACAUGCAUUCCUCAUUGUUCCUGCGAUUGUGGGUAGUGCCCUUCUCCACCGGCUUUCUGAUGAUCGGUGGGAAAAGAUAACAGCAUGGAUGUAUGGCAUGGGGCUCUGUGCACUCUUCAUUGUCUCCACAGUAUUUCACAUCAUUUCUUGGAAAAAGAGUCACUUAAGGACAAUGGAGCAUUGCUUUCACAUGUGUGACAGAAUGAUGAUUUAUGUCUUUAUUGCAGCAUCAUAUGCACCAUGGUUAAAUCUACGUGAGCUUGGACCUCUAGCAUCUCACAUGCGUUGGUUUAUUUGGCUGAUGGCUGCUGGAGGAACCAUUUAUGUAUUUCUCUACCAUGAAAAGUACAAGAUUGUUGAACUCUUUUUCUAUUUAGCAAUGGGAUUUUCUCCUGCUCUUGUAGUGACAUCCAUGAGCAACACGGAUGGACUUCAGGAGGUUGCCUGGGGAGGCUUGAUAUAUUGUCUGGGUGUGGUGUUCUUCAAGAGUGAUGGAGUAAUUCCAUUUGCCCAUGCCAUCUGGCACAUAUUUGUGGCCACAGCAGCUGCUGUUCAUUACUAUGCCAUCUGGAAGUACCUUUACAGAAGUCCUGCAGACAUAAUUCGUCACUUAUGAUAGAUAGGUAUCUAUAUAUAAAAAACAUAAUCUGCACUUGGCAUCUGUAACAGUAUUAUUUGACUUAAGGAAUUCGGGGAAAUUGGAAAAUUGCACAGAAAAACUGCACUGACUUUGGUAGUUCUCUGAACACAAUUACUGUGAACUGAUGUUGUGUGUGUCCUGCAAUUGCCCAUCAUAUGGCAAGUGCUGUAAAUAACCAAGAUACUGUACUGCAGUACUACGAGUCCAUUCCACGUUAGUAGAACUGGCUACCUGAUGUUUACAAAUAGAUUUUGUAUUCUAGUUUAAUUUUAAAAUUUUUAACUACGUGAAUUUUUCUAAAUUAGUGAUUCAAAUGGUGAAGUCAGUGCAAUAGCGAAAAUGUAACUCUCUUGAUUUGGAAUUGGUUUCUAUCACCUUUCCACUAGUCAUUUAUUAAACAUGAAUCACAGACAAAUAAUCUACUUUUACCACCCAUUAUCUUGAUAUAAUGUGACUUUUAUAGAAACUUUUUGUGUUUUUUGUAAACUUCAAAAGUACAUUUAUUGAACUGAAAACACACAACUGUCAUCUAUGCAGUUACUCAUGUUGCAAAAUCUUGCAAGAAAUGGUUACAUUCCACACACUGUACUGACAAGCAAACGUUGUACCUCUUCCAACGGUUGUAUUACAAGUGUAA